GCACCGAUCCCCGGGCCAAGCCACCCUUCUUCACAGAGAAGGCCAUGGAGCCCUGCAUCAAAUAUAUCAACAAGAAGUUCCCUAACGUGGACAUACGGAGCAGCACGCACCAUCUGGGGCCAGUGCACAAAGAGAAAGCAGAAAUUUUCCGGACAUUUACUUCCUAUUACCACACCUUUGUGGAUGUGCUAGAAUUCCGGGACCAUGUCUAUGAACUGUUGAAUACCAUCGAUGCCAGCCAGUGCUACUUUAACAUUCAUGUGAACUCUGACUUCACCAAGAAUUAUCUGGACCUGAUUGUCACCUAUGCAUCAGUCAUCUUGCUCCUUUGCCGUAUUGAGGACCGCAAAGCCCUGAUUGGCUUGUAUAACGUUACCCACGAGAUGAUCCAUGGAACCAGUGACUCCAGUUUCCCUCGCUUGGGCCAGAUGAUAGUGGAGUAUGAGAAUCCCUUGCGCAAGCUGAUGGAGGAGUUUGGACCGCACACCAAGGCUGUGAGCAAUGCCCUUCUUUCCUUGCACAUCCUUUUUGCACGUCGAAACCACUCAGCUGAGCAGUGGCGAAGUGACCAGCUUUUCAGUCUGAUCAGUAACCCUGCAAACAUGCUAACUCCUGCUACUUCAGACACGAUGGCCUGUGAAUACCUUUCCUUGGAGCUCCUUGAGCGCUGGAUUGUGCUUGGGUUCCUGCUGUGCCACAGCUGCCUGGGCUCGACACAGAGCUGCCUGGAUUUGUGGCGGACAGCUCUCCGGAGCUCGCUGUACAUCACCCUCGUGAGAGAUGAAGUGCUUCCAAUUCACAAGGUCACCGAGGAGGCCUUUGGUAGUAUCAAAGGCUAUGGGAAACGUAUAGCUGAUAUCAAAGAAUGCAAGGAACAUGCUCUGACACACAGUGGGCAGCUGCAUCGGGGCCGGCGUAAUUUCCUGAGGAAUGCUGUGCGGGAGAUGGAGGCCGUCUUGGCCAAUGAACCAGGAUUGCUGGGGCCAAAGGCUGUUUAUGUCUUUAUGGCGUUGUCAUUCUGCCGUGAAGAGGUAGCCUGGCUUUGCCGCCACAGUGAGCAUGUCAGCAAGGGCAAGAACACGGAAGACUUUUCUGACAGCCACCUGGCCGAGCUUCUGUUCUUGAUGGAGCAGCUCCGUCGCCUGCUUCGACGCCACCAGAACCUCAUUAAGCGCUACUAUGUCCAGUAUUUGUCCCGCUUUGAUGCCUUGGUGCUCAGCGACAUCAUCCAGGACUUGACAGUGUGCCCUGAAGAAGAGUCGGUGAUCAUGUCAUUCUUCGUCAGCUCACUCUCUUCCCUGUCUAUCAAACAAGUUAAUGAAAACGCAAAAUUUGAAUUUUCUGGGCUGAGACUGGAUUGGUUCAGGCUACAGGCAUAUACCAGUGUCAACAAAGCCCCUCUGCAAUUGCGGGAGAAUCCUGAUGUGGCCAGGGUGAUGAACCUCAUAAUCUUUCACACCAAGAUGCUGGACUCUGUGGAAGAGCUGAUAGUAGAGACAUCCGACCUUUCCAUUUUCUGGGUCCCAUUGCAUACAAACCUCUUCAGGGCACAAAGAAUGGGUGGCAUGGAUAAAGUCGGCACAAAGAAGUGGGAACGCAAUAGCGUAACGCAGCAUGGAUGGUUCCUCCAUAGUGGAUGCGAAGAGCUUCUCCAUGAGCUGCGGAUAGAAGCUGCCAAAAGAAUGGAUGUCCUCAAAACAUCUGAGGAGGCCAGAGUUAGACCCAGUCUUCCCUUUAGCUGGCUAUUUACCCCUUUCAAUGAGUGCAAUCAGAAGCUAACAAAAGCUCAGCCCGAUCAAGGCACCAUGUUCUCCCAGUCUGCCUUGAAAUGCAAGCUUUUGCCCAAGCACUGUGCUGCUACCAUCAGCAAAGCCCGGAACAAGCGAGCCCGCAAAGCAGCAUCCAAGAAGGCAGAGCCAGAGAGGGAAAAGCCAGGUGCAGAGAGCCACCGGAAGGACCGCAGCCUGGUCACCAAUCUGGACAAGCUGCACCUGGUGCUGACUGAGCUGUGUUGGACCCUCAACUACGUGCCCAGUUUCCUUGUCUUCGAGCACACAGUAACACCAGCGGAAUACCUCAGCAGCCAGCUGGAGAUGCGCCUCAACAGGGCCCUGGUGCGUCUGGCACAGGCGAGCCCAGGCUCUGCAGAGUUAGCACGCCCCUCCGAGGUGUUGGCAGGUGUGCAGACAUAUGCAACAUUCCUGGUCUCCCUGAUGCAUCGCGUGGGGCUGGACAUGGGGCGCCUGCUCCGCAACGUGCUUUUGCAGCAGACCCAGUCCUUGGAUGCUGCUGGAGAGCAGACCCUCACCACGCUCUAUACGAACUGGUGUCUGGAGUCACUUUUACGCCAGGCAAGCAUGGGCACCAUUAUUCUCUCACCUGGCAUGCGUGCUUUUGUCAGUUUACAGAAAGAGGGAGAGCAAACCUUCAGAGCUGAAGAGUAUUCUGAUGUCUCAGAGAUGCGAGCGCUGGCCGAACUCCUCGGGCCCUAUGGUAUGAAGUUCUUAAGUGAUAACCUCAUGUGGCAUAUUACCUCGCAAAUGGUGGAGUUGAAGAGACUGGUGACUGAGAAUAUGGAUGUGCUAGUUCAGAUUCGCUCUAACUUCUACCAGGUGGAGCAAAUGGCAGCACUUCUACCUCGUCUCACAGCCACAGAAAAUGUGCUGAAGAGGAUGACCAUCAUUGGGGAGAUUCUGUGGUUCCGGUCCUUGGCCCAGGAAGGACUCCAGGAAGUCUUUACCAAUCGUUGUCCGUUUCUGAUGGGUCCUAUUGAGCACCUGAAGGAAUUUGUAACUCCUGAUAUGGAUAUAAAGGUUACCUUGAGCAUCUUUGAGCUCGCCACAGCUGUUGGGUCCCCUUGUGACAUCGAUCCAGCCUUGGUGACUGCCUUCUCCAAUCUGAAAAAAGACGGCUCAUCCCCCGAGGAGGAAUAUAAGGUUGCUUGUCUGCUGCUGGUCUUUGUAGCCGUGUCUCUGCCGCUCCUCGCCAACGACCCUUCCUCUGUCUAUGCCUCCGAGAUCGAUGGCUUUAACAACAAUAUCCACUGCCUGGCUAAAGCUAUCAUCCAAGUAUCAGCUGCCCUCUUCACCAUCUAUAAUAAGAACAUUGAGAGCCACUUGAAGGAAUUCCUUAUGCUAGCCUCCGUGAGCCUCUUGCAGCUGGGGCAAGAUGUUGACAAGAUGAAAACAAAGAACAAGGAGUCCAUCUCGCUGCUCAUGCAUUUGCUCGUGGAUGAGUCAUCCUUCCUGACCACCGACAUGCUGGAGACCUGCUUCCCUUAUGUGUUGCUGCGUAAUGCUUACCGCGAAGUCUCUCGGGCUUCUGUCUUGAGCCGUCUUCCCACACACUGAGUACCGCUCUUCACAUCUAAAGCCCAAAGGCAAGGGUUGGCUUAUUUGCCCAGAGCACAAAUGCAGAACUUCCCUCCACCCUUUGCAGGGGGAUCAGUAGGGUGACAGGUAGUUGCGACAGGGUUCCCUUUUUUUCUCACUCCGCUUCCAUACAGGGGUUUUUGGGGGUUUUUUGCCUCCUCCUUGGCUUCCAAACAACAUUUCUCUGGAGCUUCCGGGCAACUUUGUGCCUUAAAUGCCUUGUUCCCAGGGUCUUUUCCCUGAUCAGUAAAUUCUUCCAUGAAGCUGCUUUUCUGUAAUCUCUUUGGAAAGUUUGCCAUCCAAACUCCAUUGUGGCUUAACCCUUAGUCUCCACCAUAUCAGAAAUCAAGGCAAAAUAUAUGUGGCUGUGUUUAUCUAUACUCUUCCCUUGCUACCCUUACAUCCAUCUUUCCUCUGUUUUUGGGCAGUAUGCCCCUUACAGCAAGGAUCUAUCGUUUUUUAACAGGGCAGUACUGAACCACAGAAGCACUAAACCAAUAAUAAAACUGUAAUUAGUAUAGCCCACAAUCCUAUCCACUCUCAUUCUCUCAGUGCUUGCAUUUGUCACAGUUAUUUUUAAAAAUGACCUCACAAACACCAAGCUCUGUAAAUCUAACGGUAAUAAACGCUGUGUUCAUGCACUUGCGUGCUUGUAAGCAUAAACUGGUUCCUUUGAGCAAAAAUAGGCUAUAGCAAAACUGAACUAACAAAGUCCGCCCUGCCCACACACAAACAAUCACUUUUCUUCCCCACUGUCCUUAAAGAGCCCUAAACGCUGCUGGAUUAACAUCAGCCAGAAUGCCUAUCAAUAGGCAAGAAGAAAUAUUCUUUGUCAUCUGAAAAUGAGCUUUGCUUUGAGUCAUUUACAAACAGGCCAUUUGGUCAAAUAAAAAGUGGAUGGAAUUGUUCUUUCUGGUGACCUCAAUGGCAGAGUUUAAAUGCCAAUUUACCCAUUUGAGGAUGAAACCGGCCUGCAGGACUUCAUCCUCUUGAGGCUAUUCUCCUGUGGCCAGAUUGGGUUUCAGUUCCUUCCCACAAUAUUGAAAUAUUAUUCGGGAUACAUUUAUUUUAUAUACAAGCAUAUAUACACACACACACACAGAGCUGAUGAAGAGGCAAACUGAGCGAAUCAUCCUGAACCUUGUUACAAUGUUUUAGUACUCCUUUCCCCUUCACAAUUUGCACUGUGUAAUGUUUGUGCCACGUCACUUGCGGUACGCGAGCAUGCUUUCUCUGGUUCUUUUUGGCUUUUCACAGGUGUGUGUACCACAGACCUGCUCACCUGUUUGUUUUUCGUAUUUUUGAUGUAGACUUGAAAAAAACGUCCUGUGUUUGAAAAGGCACUUCAAGUAAUUCUGUGAACAGGGCAUUUGAUUUAAUAAAAAGCAUUAUCUCCUUUA